AUGCAGACUUUCCAGAGCAGAAGACUGAGCCUCUUUCCAAAUUACAAAUUUGGAAGUUCCACUUCCACUGACUUGGACAUCAAGGAAGAAAAAGUCUCAUUUUCUCUUAGAAACCCCUGGGUGAAACCAUGGAACUCUAUGCAGGAGCUGAAAAGGGACAUUUACGAUCUCUAUGCCGAUGACCUGGAGGAAGAAGAAGAAAAGUUUCCAGUGUUUAACUCAGCAGCAAAAAACCAUGUGCUCAACCUCAAUGUGGGAGGUAAAUCUUACCAAAUCUCCUACAAAGUGGCUGCAAGAUACCCCAAAAGCAGAAUCGGUCAACUGGCCACCUGUACAGACCACAGCAAGAAGCUAGAGCUUUGUGAUGAUUACCUAGUCCAGAGCAAUGAGUACUUCUUUGACAGAGACCCAGAUAUUUUCCUAAGUGUCUUCAACUUCCAUCGAACUGGGGUCCUCUGGGUAAAGGAUGAGUUGUGCCCAAGGAAUUUCCUUGAGGAGAUCAACUACUGGGGCGUGCGGAUCAAAUAUACACCCCGCUGCUGCCGGAUUGCGCUAGAGGAAAGGCAGGAUGAUGUGAAUGAUCAGCUGAAGGUCCAGCAAGACCUUCAGGCAGAAGUGACAGCUGAGAGUGAAGAGCUCUUUGAAGGGAUGAUAUAUGGGUCAUUGCGGCAAGCUCUCUGGAACCUGAUGGAGAAGCCUUUUUCCUCAGUCCCAGCAAAGCUGAUGGCAGUGGCCUCCAGCUUCUUUGUCCUUGUCUCACUAGUGGCCAUGACAUUGAGCACGGUUGAAGAGAUGCAAUACCGCACACCCAAGGGAGAACUUAGUGGCAGGACUUACGGUGACUAUGUGGAGGGCUGCUGCAUAGCCUUUUUCACUGUUGAAUUUUUGCUGCGGCUGGUGUCCACUCCAGACGUUCGACUGUUCCUCACUAGCUUGCUGAAUGCAGUGGACCUGAUGGCCAUCCUUCCACUCUACCUGCAGGUGGCAAUAGAGAACUGGGAGAGUGAGGGGAAUGAGGGGCUGGAAGGAGAUAAUACCGUGCGUCGGAUGGGCAAGGUGGGCCAAGUGCUGCGGGUGAUGCGGCUGUUGAGGAUCCUUCGCAUCCUAAAGUUAGCCCGUCACUCAACAGGUUUGCGUGCCUUUGGCUUCACGCUACGCCAGUGCUACCAGCAGGUCGGCUGCCUCUUUCUCUUCAUCACCAUGGGAAUUUUCACCUUUUCUGCUAUGGUCUACACUGCAGAGCACGACAGGCCCCUGACCAAUUUCACCAGCAUUCCCCACGCGUGGUGGUGGGCCACUGUUAGCAUCACCACAGUGGGCUAUGGAGACAUGUACCCUGAAACCUACCUGGGCCGCCUGCUUGCCUUUUGCUGCAUCUCCUUUGGGAUCAUCCUGAAUGGCAUGCCCAUCUCCAUGCUGUUUAACAAGUUCUCAGACUACUACAACCAGCUGAUGGCCCAUGAGAACACUGCCAAAGGUGACCGCCGCGUGAAGCUGAGGUUUGCCCAGAGGGCAAUGAUAAAGAUGGCUGAACUGUGCAGGGAAACUCCGGCCUGA